UGUCGUAGGACAUUGGACAUGCGCUCAGCUCUCGAAAAGAUCUAGCACCUUGAUUAGACACUCGCCGUCAACUGAAUCAUGUCUUCCCGAAUGGCCACUAGCACGCUAAGGACGCUUCGAGCGGUCCGACCCGCUCGUCUGCAAGCCUGUCGACCUGUUGCAGCAUUCUCGACCUCCUUCGCGCGAUGUGCUGAAGCCGAAUCGUCGACACCCUUGUCGCCAAAAAUCGCUCCGAUUGUGGAUCAGAUUUCGGGACUGACGCUUCUGGAGGUAUCGGAACUGGUCAGCGCUUUGAAGACACGGUUAAACAUUACCGAGGUGGCCAUGCCCGCCGCUUCUGCACCUGUAGGAGGUGCUGCUGCUCCCGCUGCUGCCGAGGCACCAGCUGAGGAAAAGCCCAAGGAGAAGACCAUCUUCACCGUCAAGCUGGAGAAGAUUGACCCUGCCGCCAAGGCCAAGAUUAUCAAGGAAGUUAAAGCGAUCAUGCCCAAUAUGAACCUGGUGGAGGCAAAGAAGUUUGUGGAGUCCGUACCCAAGACUCUCAAGGACAACCUACCAAAGGAGGAGGCUGAGAAGCUGAAAAAGACCUUGGAGGCCCUCGGUGCCACUGUAUCGCUCGAGUAAGAGGACCCCUCGCAAUCAUGACAUGACAUAGCACAAUAUCACGACACCAUCGAGAACCAUUUCGUCUUGACAAAGGAAGGAACGUUCGACCAAUCAAAAACUGCCUUACCUCGGCUUAGACGGUGGUCUGUGAUGUCAGAAUCGACUUCCGCUGAUCUCCUGCUGUCACGAUGAGAAGGAGGCUCCUGCAGAUCCGCACGACAGACUGAGAAGGGGUUAGGCUUGUCGGCCGAGUUCCGUCCGAACCUCCCUAUGGUAACGUGGACGCAUGGCGUGCAGAUCGCCGAUUCGCUUGGGGAGAUGAUCUUCCUUUGUUCCUCAAUCGGGCGUGAUCAGCUACAUGUCUCUCGGAG